GUGCAAUAAUGGUAGGCAAGGGUUUCCACAGAGAUUGAGGUUUGAAAAGUGAGCAUGUGGGCUAAUAGCUGUGGUCACAGGCUGGACUCCCUGACAUAAUGCCACAGCAUAGGCCUCAGAGGGUUCCACUGUGCUGCAGAUCUCACUGCUGAAUGUGCAGCUUUGUUCCUUUCUGAAAGGAGUUUGGGGUAGCUGUAAAUAUGUCUGGCCAGGGUGAGAGAAGCUGAUUUGGGACUGGCAGCCUUCCUUACUGGUGGGAGGGCUAGUGAGGCUGCUGCAGGGGGAGGGGAGGCUGGGCUAGUCACUUUUACAGUUUCAAACAGGUUGUCUGUCUUCUCCCCACUCCCAUGGCUGAGACUUGCCUUGUGCUGCACUGCUGGAGUCUCUUCAACCCUGAGCUUUGUCCUCUGCUGCCUGGCUGCUGAAAUCCGCUAAGGAUCCUGGAUCUGUUUUCCUUUUCUUUUUUAAAAAAAAAAUAUAUAUGCCAAUUGAUUUAUCAUUUUUCCAAUGGGCUGUUAAAGGGCAAGUAACCUCUUUAGCUGCCAUGUACAGAAAAGGAAUUAGCAAUACAGUUUAUGCAUUUGCAAAGGGACGCUCUAUAUUUUGGUGUGGGGGACUGCUGUACUUCUAGGAAACCAUGCCGACCGAGGACUACCAUUUACCACUUGAUGGUCUUCAUUCUGGUAUAGAGCCCCAGAGUCCUAGGACAGCAGAGGAGAAUCUGCAAAGGACUAGCAGACAUUUCCGCUACUGUGGGAUCAAAAACAUGGAGAUGUCAGACAGUGACCGGCCUGUCAGCUUUGGUUCAACAUCCUCGUCUGCCUCUUCCAGAGACAGUCACUGUUCAUUUGGCAGUCGGAUGACCCUAGCAUCAAACAGUCACUUGGGCUUGUUUCACCAAGAUAAGGAAGCUGGAGCCAUCAAAUUAGAACUGGUUCCUGCCCGACCGAUAUCAAAUGAUGACCUUCAUAGAAUCUGCACCAAAGAACAACAUCAUGGAAGUCCAAGGGAAAAGCUAUCUGAUGAGUAUCAAAGCACACAAUGGAAAGCUGAAGCUAAAAGACCAAUUAAAAAGUGUUCAGUGACUGAAGCCGUAGAAUCAACCAGUCCUAAACUCAUGUAUGUUGACAGAGUGGUUCAAGAAAUUCUCCAUACUGAAAGGACCUAUGUGCAGGAUCUGAAAAGCAUUGUCGAGGAUUAUCUCAAUUGCAUUUCUGACCAAUCGAGACUUUCCCUAGGGACAGAAGAACGAUCAGCUCUCUUUGGAAAUAUACGUGAUAUCUACCAUUUCAAUGGUGAACUUCUUCAAGAACUGGAAAAUUGUGAUAAUGAUCCUGUUGCAAUAGCUGAAUGCUUUGUGUCAAAGAGUGAGGAGUUCCAUAUAUACACACAGUACUGUACUAAUUAUCCAAGAUCUGUUGCUAUAUUGACAGAGUGUAUGAGAAACAAGAUACUGGCCAAAUUCUUCAGAGAACGACAGGAAGUCCUACAACAUUCUCUUCCCUUAGGAUCUUACCUCUUGAAGCCUGUCCAGAGAAUCCUUAAGUACCACUUGCUGUUGCACGAAAUAUCCAAUCAUUUGGAUAAGGACACUGAAGGCUACGAUGUUGUGCUUGAUGCUAUAGAUACAAUGCAAAGAGUAGCGUGGCAUAUCAAUGAUAUGAAAAGAAAACAUGAACAUGACAUUCGACUCCAGGAAAUCCAGAGUUUACUCACUAAUUGGAAAGGACCAGAUCUGACAAGUUACGGGGAGCUGGUUUUGGAAGGAACAUUCCGUUUUCAGAGGGCCAAGAAUGAACGCACUUUGUUUCUGUUCGACCGUCUGCUUCUAAUCACGAAGAAAAGGGAUGACACAUACACAUACAAGGCUCAUAUCCUGUGUUGCAAUCUCAUGCUAGUUGAAAUAAUUCCAAAGGAGCCACUUAGCUUCAGUGUCUUCCAUUAUAAGAACCCAAAGCUACAGCACACAGUACAGGCCAAGUCACAGCAAGACAAGAGGCUCUGGAUUCUGCAUUUGAAGAGGCUUAUCCUCGAAAACCACCCAGCAAAAAUCCCAGCAAAGGCUAAACAAGCAAUUUUGGAAAUGGACGCUAUACAUCACCCUGGGUUCACCUACAUGCCAGAGGGAGAACGGAAAUCACCUUCAAAUUUGAAAGAGGAUCUUGCUUCAUGCAGAAUUAGAAGAAAGUCAGAACCUUCCUCUAAUCUACAUAAAGUCAUAAAGCAAGAUGGUUUAAGCCCAGAAAUUCAAAAGAGAAGUAGCAUGCAGGGCAAUCUGCUUUGUCAGGCGGCUAAACUUGGUGGAAGUGAUAUGCUUCGUGGGUCUGGGAUGAGGAAAGGAGGUGCAAUGAACCACAUCACCCAUAUGACAUUUUCUCAAGAUUUCUACAACAAAGAAGGUCUAGGUGUGUGCCUUAGACCUGCAGAGCAGUCUGAUGCAGAUGAUGAAGAGGAGUCUGAGCAGUUGAGCUCCCAGCAUAAAAUUAAAGGUGGAAGAAAAAGGUUGAACAGCCAAGCCUCAGAGAAUGUCGAGAAACGAAGGAGUAUCAAUCUCAGCGUAUGUGAGGGCCAGAUGUCAAAAAGCCAGUCAGAUGAAGAGUCAAUAAAGGUGAAAACAGGGCAGCUCUUUCCAAGUUCUGUUGAUCAUCUUCCAAGCAGACCGCAUGGUGCACCACAGAGCAACUCUUUGAUUAUGAAUAUCCUUGGGGGAACAGGUGCUCUGAGAAACAUCUGGACCGAUCAUCAAAUUAGACAAGCGCUCUUUCCUCCUAGACGGUCUGCACAGGAAAAUGAAGAGGAUGAUGAUGACUAUCAGAUGUUUCUGCUGUCUGAAGCUGCAACCAGGUUGGAAUCAUCAUGGUCACAGGAAGAAAGAGUGGCAUCAAGCCGCCCAUGUAGUUGGCACCUUGGUCUAAUGGAAGAAGACACUAUGCCAAACCCUUCCUGCAAAAUUGUCAGACGUGCAAGUAGUGUUGGAGAGAAUAAAUCUUGUUCUGCAAGACAGCGUACCUACUAUCAUAAGUCUGGGCCACAUGAACGUUUCAAUCGUUCAUGUGAACGUCUUCAACAUUUUACAUGUCUUGGCUCUUCUGAGGACUUAACCAUUGAUGACAUUGAACAUGUUUAUGACAAUAUUAGUUAUGAAGAUCUGAAACAGAUGGGGCUCACUAGGAGACAUGAUUCUGAUGCUCUUAUGAUUAAGGAAGGAGGAGAUUCUCAAAGCCAAGAAAACAUUUGUAUUAGAACUCUAAGAGAACAGAUUGAUAGAACCAGGAACUCCCUUCUCCUAAACAAAGAGAAAAAUCUAGAGAGAGGAAUGUCCCAUUCAAAUUCACAAGAACUCAGAAUAAUUGAGGAAAACAUUUAUGACUCUAUUCAGUUACCAGAACAAUCUUUGGAGCAUGUAAAACAUAGAUUGCAUUCUAAACGGCGCAGUUUUUUGGCUCUGGGCACUGAUUUUCUGUCUUGUGAUCAGUUUGAUAGGUUUGUUUCCGAAGAUAGCCUACAGUUCAGCGAAGAUGAAUCCUUGGAUCAUCGUGUACCAGUGAGAGAUAAAGAUUUGAGUUAUUCUUCUUCAAAGUCUAGUUCACAUAAGUCUGCAGCAGAUAAAUUGUCAGAAGAAGUAGAUGAAAUUUGGAAUGAUUUGGAAAACUACAUUAAGAAGAACGAGGAGAAGAAAAGUGAACGGCUUUUAGCAUCAUUCCCUGUAAACAAAGAUGAUGUCCUUGAAAGGUGUCAUGUAACGUACAUGCCUCGCUUCAGCAAAGAUAUGGAGUACUCCGUGUCAUCUUUACCAGAAAAUUUGCCCUCACCAAGUACAAUACUGAACACUUCACAAAUAAGUAAUGAUAAUAUAAGUUGUGGAAGCUCAAGUAGUGGCUCAUUACUAAGUCUAAAGAGGACUUCCAUUGCAAGUGAAACAGGCUUUCUAGAAUCAUCCCCUUUUGCAUCAAACAGCUCUAUUCCCUAUUCUGAAGAAGCAUGUUCUUCUCAAGCUUUAGAUAGUGCAGAUAAAUCAAAAAGCAAAGUUUUUACGAUGGCUCGCCAAUACAGUCAAAAAAUCAAAAAAGCCAACCAGCUUUUAAAAAUGAAAAGCCCAGAGCAAGAACAGCCCUUUAACAAAUCACAGAAAAUGAAACAGAAGGAUCUUUCAGCUAUUAUGGAAGAGAAGAAACAAGGAGGCUCUGCUAUUGGUGCAAGGAUCGCUGAGUACUCCCAGAUUUAUGACCAGAUUAUCUUUCGUGACUCGCCCAUAAGGGUGCAAAAGGAAGCAAAGAAAGACUCUCCGGAACUAGCGUCUUCCAGGUCCUCUCCAUUAAGCCCAACUUGCCAUCAACCAGCCUCACCAUCUAAAUGGCCACAGAGAGGUAAAUGUUUCCAAUCAAAUAGCGCUGUUUUACAGUCCAUGAACGGAAAUGGGGGUGGGGCAGAAUUUUAUACAUGGCCGGAUGUAAAGGAUUUCAAAUCAAAAACUGAUUUAUCAGAACCUGGCUCUGGGUGUCCUCACAGAAACAUUACAGCCGCUUGUUCUGUGCCAUCUUUAUCAAAGUCGGUACAGGAGUCAAGGUGGCGUGGUGUAAGCCAGGGACGUAGUGAAAAUGCACAGAUGGUGGGUGCUUCUAAUUCAUCAGGAAGGACAAUGAGUGAACAACCUCAGCCUUACAACCGAUCACAGUCUACUUCUUGUAUGCUAAACAACAGGACAUCAGACUCUCGUAGACUGGCAACCAACAUGCAGUUUUCAAAGCCAAUCUUAAACCCUAAAAGGCCUACAGAUCUUAGUCAUCUUGGAGGUGAAAGGAAAUCACAAUUGGAAGAAGACACCUCCGAUCUUACCCUGCAAGAUUCCCAGAAGGUCUUGGUCUUGAACACACUGUCUUCUCUUAAUGCUCAAAUAGCUACACUGAACUAUUAUGCUAACUUUAAGGAUACUGAUGGAGAUGACGAUGAUGAUGACUAUGUAGAGAUCAAGUCAGAAGAUGAGGACGAUGAGAUUGAGACUGCUUCCCAUCAGGCUUUAAAAAUGGGGGUUAGAGGGAAGCCAAAUGUUCCUCAGACUUCCUGUAGUACAAAUACAACCUAUUCUUUUAGCGUGCCCAGUACUCCAGUCAAGUCAUGCAACAGUAAGGAACUCUCUGAUUCACAUAUUUUAGCUUAUGAGGAUGCAGACAAACUAAAUGACUAUCUCUGGAGACCAACGCCCUCUAAUCAGCCAAAUAUUGUUCAGUCACUUCGAGAAAAAUUUCAGUGUCUCAGCUCAAGUAGUUUUGCUUGAAAACCAGUAUGUAGCAUUAUGAAAAGAUGUAGUGUAUAGUAUUAUGGCUUCAUAUUGUCCUUAUGCUGCAUAAUAUGUUGUGCUUAUAAGGAUAUUUGUUUUUCAUGUAUUUGCACUUCAUGCAAAGCUGUGUGAUUUAUGCAUUUGGACUUUGUCUGCCAGGUAGAAAAGAGCAGUAGUUACUAAGCUUCUAUCCUCCUGUCACAACAUAGAUUCCAUCACAUGUCCAUGUUUUGACUGCCACUCUUUUUUUGGCCUGAUAAUAGUAGUGGUUAAAAUGUCCCAUGGUUAUAGGACUUUAUAUUUGCAUAAUGAUUUCUGUGUAAUACAUUAAUAAGCCAAUGAAUUUCCCGCAUUAUAAUUAAGCAGGGUUAGCCACUCUCUGGAUAUGCAGCUAUUGCUGGUCUACAAAUUAUCAAACCUAUUCUCAUUUUUCUGCAGUCUAGAAAAAAAUAAAAUACACUUGCCAGUCAAUAUUAUCAUUGGCAUAGUUAAUUUGGCCCAGAAGUAUCCUUGUAAUUAAAACAAUAAUACCAUUGUGGCCGUUAGUCCAAGGUUCCUAAUUGUUAUCAUUGUUGGCCUGAUUCUGACAAUAGGUCUUGGGCCUAUGGCACAUGACACGGACAGAUUUUUAAAGGAGUUGUUCAGUUUUCACUUAACUUUAAGUAUAAAGUAGAGAGUGGUAUUCUGAGACAAUUUUCA